AUGGCGACAACGCUGGAAGAGGACGUCGCCAGCCUGAACGCUAUUGUCGCCUCGGCUCUCUCUCUCUUCACCAAGCUCAAGGACGUCUUGGAGCAGAUAUGCCCUCCCUCGCCCUCGCCGAAUAUGACUUCCUCGAAGGCAGCGCGUGGUCCACAGCAUAUCUCCCCGCCGGCGAUCAGUGCCCUCCCUCUCGCUAAAGACUGUGCAGACCUCAUCAAGGCACACAGCAGCAAGGUCGCGCUAUUCCUCACCAACGAUCCCUACAAUCCCAGCGCGGUGGUCUCCGUGAUCAGACAAUUGAUGGAAUCUCCAGUGCCGGGACUGGUGGCAGCUGCACAGGCCUGCACCGAGGAAGACUAUACGCUGCUGUUUCGAAGAGACCUCAUUUUCCGCGCCAAACAAGUUCUGGAACGGCUGAUAGAUCUUAUGAAAUGGGUUCCACUUGACGGCCGUCUUGCUGAUGCCAGCAACAGUCCUCAUCUUCUCAUUGGUAAGCUCUGGAGCGCCUGCGAAGCGCUCGUGGCCAUGGCUACGCUGGGCGUCGCGGGCCACAUUGCCCAAUUGAUGAGGCAGUGGAAGGAAACACUCAGGGACAUCAAGGCUGAGCUGAAGGAUUGGAGUGAAGAGGUUCCCGAUGAGGAUCAGGGCGACAACCAGGACGAGCACAGCGACGACGCUAACUCCGACAUCGACGCCCAGGACCUCGCCGACCAGCUUAUGAGCGGGCCCGCUCCCAUCCCUUGCGGCGAUCCGAACGAGAUUCGUCCCCGACUAAACGUUGUCAUUAAGCGGCUUGGCCUCAUGACUCUGUUUUAUGGCGCCGUCAUUAAGCGACGCAUCACAACGGCUCCCGAAUUGCCUCCCGCCCUACGCUUUACCGCCAUCAAGACCACCGAUCGACUCGAGGAGGCGGCCAGUAUCCUUGCGUUGCUGCCGGAUCGUUUCGAAGCCGUUGCCCUUACCCUCUACGAGCCAAACACAAGAAAGGCCGACGAGGUCAUGGACUUGGUCACGCGCGAGACGGCUGCUGUCCGCGACUUGCUAAAGACGGACUGGGAAGGCAAAGACGACGAGUUCACUGCGUGGUCGAAGAAGUUCGAAGACGAGUUCAUGCGAUGCGGACGAGAGGACGCGGUGCAACGCGACCCGGAACCCCAGCCCGCGACUUGA